UAAAUGUAUUAAUAAUCAGUUCCAAUAACAAGAUUAUAAAGAGAUUAUCGUUUAAAACCACUAGAAUUUUCAUCUCCUCAAAAAGAAAACAUGCAAAGAAUUGUAUCAAGAUAUCAUGAAAGUGCAGAUUAUAAUAAUAAUAAUGGUAAAUAUUAGGCAAAUUUAUCAUUGCCUGCUUUACCUCCUUUAAAAAAGUUGAGCAAGAUAGAGUAGACUGUAUCAAUUUAUAAGGGUAAGCCUGCUCGUUUGCCAUCUAUACAAUUUACUGCAAGUGAGUAGUAAUUACAGAGAAAAAAGUAAAUUUCUGAAGUUGAAGGAAUAAGAAAAUCAAUAACACCAGAGAAAAGAUUAGGGAAGAGAAAUUCUUUGAUAUUUUCAAUGAGAACUAAAGCUGGUUGUUAGCCAAAUAAAGCAACAAAAAUAAAUUAAGAUGCAGCAAUAGUUUGUCCAAAAAAUGUUGAAAGGUAAAUAUACAUAUCAAUGUAGUGUUGGAUAUAAAUUAUUUGCAGUUUGUGAUGGACAUGGUUUAAAGGGUCAUUUCGUAUCGAAUUAAAUAAAAUAACAAUUGCCUAAACAUUUGGGUAGAUUAUUGAAGGAUUCAGAAACAAUCAAGAAUUAAAUUUAAAAAGCCUUUACAAUAACUAAUAGAGAAUUAUGGAAUUCAGAGAUAGAUACUAAUCUUUCUGGUUCAACUACAGUAUCAUUAUUGAUAAUUAAGGAUCUUGUAAUUUAAAUAUUAUAAUGAAGAUUUAUUCAGCAAAUGUAGGAGAUUCUAGAGCAAUAAUGUGUAGAUUUGAUGAUGGAUGGAAAGUAGUUCCUUUAAGUAGAGAUCAUAAACCUGAUGAUCCAGAGGAAAAACAAAAAAUAUUAGAUGCAGGAGGUAGAGUAGAAUAAUAAAAAGGUUUUAUUUUUAAUAAUAAUAUAUAGAUUUGCAUGGAAAUCCGAUAGGACCAUUUCGAGUUUGGCUAUCUUAUAUUUAGGCUCCAGGAUUGGCUAUGACAAGAUCCUUUGGAGAUAAAGUAGGAGCUUAAGCAGGAGUAACUGCAGAACCGGAAAUUUUAAAAUAUUCUAUAACUGGAUAGGAUCAUUUUAUUGUAGUAGCUUCAGAUGGAGUCUGGGAAUAUUUAAGUAAUGAAGAGGUACAUAUAAAUUCAAUUAGGUAAUGAGUAUUGUUAUUCCAUUUUUGGAAAAAGAUAAUCCAGAUUAAGCAGCUGAACAUAUUAUAAUAGAAGCAACUCGAGCAUGGAAUAGAGUAAAUAUAGAAUUCAUCAUUAGAAUAGUUUGGCUAGAGACGAUAUUACUUGUAUAGUUAUAUUCUUAUAAAAAUGA